AUGUUUUCAAAUCAUCACUUAAUAAAUCCUAAAAGAUGUACAAAAAAAUGGCCGAAUGCUAUUCGCAAAAUUCGUCGUGCGACGAUUACGUUAAAUUAUGGUUUGCUACCUAGACUUCCACCAUUUAGUUGUAACAAAUGUGGAUUUGCUAGUUACGAUUAUAAAAAUCUCGAUUCACAUAACUGUCAUAAAAAAGCUAUGCUUGAAUAUCAAACUGUCGGAAAAAAACUGAUAUGGUCCAAUAGAACAUUUUCGGAUGAAGAACCAUUUCAAAUGGGUUUUCGAAGCAAAUGCAAGGAUGCUUUGGCUUUCCUUGAACGUGUGCCUAAUCCACAGAAUUAUAAAUUGCCAGAAACCAAUAUUCUUGAUGCAGAGUCUUGCGCACCACAGUAUUAUGAAAUUCCUGUUCUAAAUGAUGGAGAGGAAAAAAAAGGAAACGAUGAGGCAAGUGUGAGUUAUGUAGAGCCGCCAACUUUCAUUCCAACACAUCUCGCCUUCUUACAAUCAUUAUCAGUGAAAAGACCUUAUCCCGAUACCGUAGAUCGAUUUACCACGACGGUGUAUUGCCGCGACUGUAAAAUUCUUUAUUAUGGCGAAGAUAAGUAUGAAGAACAUUUUAAAAAUGGGUCUCCAUGCAGUGAAUUUCCUCGUUCAACUCCCGUUUUCAUUGAAGCUAGAAGUGAUGGUAAUAUGCCAGCCGAGCAUGAAUAUGGCCGACGAAUAAGUAAAUUUACUGCAUCAACUUCAUUAGCGAUGACUUGUAAACUCUGUUUUGUGAAAUCUUCAGCGUUCCCUUCAAUUAGAGAUUUUCAUCAACAUCUUCUAGAAUGUUGCUACAAAUUAAAACGAAAAAUUCUACAGCAAAAUCACGUAAAAGAAUCGAACUUUAACAGAUGGUUUCCUCACGCAGAAAAUGAUUAA